UGUUAGACCGAGAAAUUUUCUUCAUGCGAACAAUAAGGAUGAAAUAGAGGCUAUACUUUCAGAUUGUGAAGGACACUCCUUACAUGAAUUUAUUGAUGGUGAUGAACCACUUUAUCUUAUUAUUGACUUUGAUUUACCAUACCUUUAG